AUGAAGUCAAAGGAGCUCACAGAGAAGGCCUAUCACGUCCCCUCUGUUCAGAUUCUGAAAGACGAGUUGGCUAAUUUGAAGAUUGAUCAUGCUCGUGAGCUGGUUGACGCUGUGGUCAAGGCUAAGCACACGACACAGCUGGAAGAACAAGACCGUGCUUCAGCAAAAAUAGCUGAAUUAGAAGAGAAGACAAUGAGUUUACUGGAAACGGUCGCGCGAAGUGAAGAAGCACGAAACGAAGCUUACGAUGCCUUCCUGCAGUCUGAGAUGGAAAAAGCUACGCUCGUUGAGGAGUUGUGUCAGCUGCGCAGGCGACACAAUGACUUUGACGAUUACGAACCUACAGAGGAUGAUGCGGUGACUCGAUUACAAUCAAUCAUCGCAGAAAUUCGCGAAACAAAGCCUGGAUUCGAUAUUUUUGCUCUAAUUGGACCAGAUGAGGAGAAAAUCAGACUGCAGCAUGAGUAUCGGAGCUUGAAAGAAGAGCACGAACAGUGUAAAAGUCGCUUAGAAGUGCUUACAGCCAGUAAUGCACAAUUUGCUCUCAAUUCUGAUGGCUCAAGGGAAGAGUCCUUGCGAACUGUAGCAGAGCAGUUUCAGAAUAAAAUUCAAAAGUUGAUUGCUGUGCAUGCUAAGGAUAGGGCUCUUCACGAAAAG